UAUACGCCAUUUUAUUUCACGAGCUUACAUAAAAUUUGAAAGUAAAUGGAAUAAUACUCUGAAAUUUGAGAUCGAAGCAUUUUUGAAUUUCAACAGGAUUCUUCGUUACAACCGAAAGAACAAUCUCUCCUCGAAUUGAUAAAAAAAAAAAUCCAGUCAGAACGAUAGUAUCCACAGCUUUUACAAUAAAUGCGCGCAAGUGGCAUGCCUAUACCUCUACAAUAAAGGUGCAUUAUGGGAGAUUAGAUAAAGAGCUGACAGUUCUCGCUAUAAUAGUUAAAAUAGAUAGUGUAAAUAGAAUAUGCUGAAAAUUUCAGUCAAAUUACACCACUCUGAACCGAGAAUUUAGCGAUUGAAUUUUGGGUCUAACCUCGAUCAUCAUUACUAAAGUCGGUACGAUAAAAACAUAGUCUUGAUUAUCCAUUUGUUGAUUUAAUCAUGAAUGAGCGUUGAACAGCAAAUCGGAUCCUGAUCCAGGAAAUAUCGCAGGUUAACGAUGACAUUGAGAGUUGAUUAUGGUCUGGAUAAGUUAAUUAAUUUCUAGUUAAUAAUUUAAAUAACAUUUCAGGCCUGAAGAAAGACCUGCCAUGUUUAAUGAUGGCAGUUAAUUAGACUAACCCUAAACUAGUACAAAAGAUACCGGCGAUACAACACGCACCUGUUUUAACUCUUUACCCUAUUGGUCAUUGAAUUAAAUUUCUCGGCGCCGAGAUCAAUUGAUUGACUUGUUCUAUUGAUCUGUUGUUUACUGUUUUAUUGUCAGGAAUUUAACGACAACAAUGAAUCGCAACUAUAUCGUUUCCUGUUAUUGAUUCCUAGCUUUAUCAAACAAUCGAAUGUUCAUCAUAGCAGUAAAUUCUACCCUAUACUGGCAUUGUUCGCCGCCAUGAUAGUUUAUCGCCUAGCAACAGCAUCGGAUGUCGUAGGAUAUGAACAAGACAUACAUCAGUCUGCGAUUCCACAAGAGUUAAUAAGUUACGAAAUACCUGUCUUGUGAUAGCUGAUUGUUUUGACAUGAUUGAAGAGGAAUAUUUGUAAAGAAAUUAGCGGCUCUAGCGAUAGUGUUGGUUACCAUGGAGAUAAAGAUACCGGAUGUAGCCUUGUUGCUACGUGACAACAUUUACAGAUUAUACCAAGAACAGAGACACACUGACAUUGAGGUUCACGUAAAAUUGGUGGUUUUUCAUUGUCACAAGACCGUUCUGGCAGCCAUGUCCCCUUACUUCGACGCCAUGUUUUCUUCCGGUAUGCGCGAGAGUCAAGACAACACAGUUCUCCUUCAAGGUCAUCUACCCAAACAUUUUGAAAACAUACUCCUGUUUAUGUAUUCUGGAAAAUGUGACAUAAAUAUUGAAAACGCAGAAGAGAUUUUAAAGUCGUCUUCUCUUUUUCAAAUGACAAGUUUAGUCUUGAUGUGUGAACAGUUUCUAAUGUCCCAUUUAACAGCUGACAACUGUAUCGGUAUGUGGAAACUAGCGAGGGCCCACGGCUGCAAAACGUUAGAAAUCAAAUGCUUCUCGCAUGUCCUUGAACAUUUUGUCCACAUUUGCAAAAUGGACGAUUUUGAAUGUUUGGAUAUCGAUGAAAUUCUUUCCGUGAUAACUCACGAUGAUCUUAAGGUUAGCAACGAGGAGAUCGUUUGUGAUGCAGUCUUUGCAUGGUUAGCGGCCGAUGCCGAUACAAGGAAAGUCUAUGUCCAAACGCUAAUUGAAGUCCUUCGUUUGCCGUUAGUUAGUUCUGAAUAUCUCGUUCAUGAAGUGGAAUCCAGGCCAUUUGUUUCUGAAAAUAAGCGUUGUCAGGAAAUUGUGAAGGAGGCUAUAAGCUAUCAUAUGUUACCAUCACGGCGCCACGAGUUCACCUCGCCAAGAAUUGCGUUCCGUAAAAAUUCCCUUUAUGAAGAAAUCAUAUUGGUUCUAGGAGGGUACACGCUAAAUGGAGAAAAGGUUACCGAUGUCCUUGGCUAUAGUAUCAGAAAUAAAAAAUGGUUUAAGUUAGGACCACUCACCUUCAAACUGGGCAGAGAAUUUGCUUGCUGUGUCCAUGGUAACGAUGUUUACGUUUCUGGUGGGAGCCAGAGAUUGUCCAAUCUUUUAAGAUAUCGGGCUGAAUAUAACGAAUGGCAAAAAUGUCCGCCUAUGAUGCAAGGACGACGACGACAUACUAUGGUAGCAGUUGGGGACUCGAUUUUUAUAUUGGGUGGAUACGAUGAUAAAAUUAGCGAGGAGUGCAAUCGGACACUUGGCGAAAUUAAGGAAUAUCAAAUAGCCACAUCAGCAUGGCGAAGCGUCGCUGAUUUAGUAAAACCUGUUCGUUCUAUGUCAUCGGUUGUGUCAAAGGAGAAGGUGUUCAUAUUUGGUGGACUGUUGUCUGAUGACACGGAGUCAUCUUGUAUCCAAUGUUUCGAUACACGUUCUCACUCAUGCACGUUGAUCGGAAACCUUCCAUUUUCUUGCAAACUCAGCCGCAGCAUCGCCUUUAACAGACGUUUGUUCAUCUUGUGCACAGAGGGGUCCCUACUAGAAUUUACCGAGGACAUGGAAUGCGUUCUUGUUAAAAAGAUUCCUUGUUUUAGCAGACGGCGAUAUGGUCUCGUGACGUACCACAGUGGUGUUCUGAUAGUUGGUGGUGAAGCUGGAGAAGAAAUCCAAACAGAUUGUUUAAACUUUGAUCCCGAGACGAAAGUAAUUGGAGUAGUAAACGGUUUAACGCUUCCGAGUAGAGCAAACUUUGGAUGUGCUAAAAUAGUAAUAAAGAAAACACAUUUAAAACAUGAAUGGGAGCACACAUAGAACAAUCUGACUUGACUGGACAAUCUACGGCAGUGGUUCUCAACCAUCUUUUGCCAACGGCAAACCUUGGAACAUAUGAAAAAAUAGCGGCACACCUGGCUAAAUAUAUAUGAAAAAUAUUUGAAUUUUGAAAAUAAAAACAUGGCAAGUCAUAGACGGCAUACAACCGUAGACACAGACUAGUCAUUGACAUAUAGAGUGACCCAAACUAAAUACAUGUAAAGAAAAACACAGCUAUGAACUUACUUUAUUGCAGUGUUUCAAAUAGCUGGCUUCUUUAGUGAGAAAUUUUCUUAGUGUGCCGUUCAAAAUUUCGCGGCACACUCAGGAAGAUCUCGCGGCACACUCAGGAAGAUCUCGCGGCACACUGGUUGUGAAUCACUGGUCGACGGUUCUAUUUUUAAAUGCCUUUUGUUCAUCCUUCGUCUUAUUCAGACGUCAUCAAACUAUUUCACAGCGGUGGCGACAAACCGAAUAUUUGCUGUGGGUCAGUUUGACAGGUCAGAAUAACUGAUAUACCAUGGGAAAUCAUUUAUUGAUUAUGUUCAUCAAAGUUAACGUAUAUGGGAUUUGAAUAUUUUGUUGACUGGCGAUUUUUAAUUGUGGUAUGCAUUUUCGUCUGCUUAAAUCACUGAUACAAACCCAAACACAUUUUAUUCUAAAUAUUCUAAUGCCAUUCGUUUUGAGAUGAAUUAACUAGUGUCUUUCUAAUAUAUAUCCAGAUGAUUUUGUAUAUAAUGUAAAUUUACUACUUGUAUAUCCAAUGUUAUUUUAUAAAUGACGUCAUAAUAUUCAUUGA